GUUAUACUAAUUUAAGGUUAAUUAUCUUACAUAAUACAAUACAUGCCUAUAGAUUUCUACGUACCCAAGUACCCAUCCGUAGGUGACAUAUCUGCCCCACGUCAAAUAGUUCAGACGGGAACAACUCAUUAAAGAGUUCCUCAUUACAACUUCCAACAACAGUUGUAUUGCCAGCUUUCGGUGCAGAAUAGUCUACGUCCAAACAUCUGCUCAAAUAUUCUAUAUUACCAUGUCUAUACCCCCGCAGUUAAUUCGCGUGAAGCGAAAGGCCACAGAGGAGGCCCCAGUCUCUUUUCUCCGUGUUCAGGAGAACAAGAGGCACCGGAGCGAAGCCUUUGUGUAUCAAAGACAGCAAGAGCAAGCUAAUUCUGCCGAAAACAUUCCAUCCGAAUCGCACAAACCAAUCAUUCAUACUUCUCACCCACACUCGAAAACCCCUGCAUUCCAGAGCCCCAAGACAUCAGACACUAUCGUCCAUGAUGGAUCUAGCGAUAAUGAGACCGCCAGCGAAUCUUCCAAGUCCACGAGCCCCGUCGAUGCCCCUUCUGAACCUCGAAGAUUCCACAUGUCGAGGAAAGAUAUAAUGCUUGCGGCGGCUUCUCAGCCCGGCCGACCUCAUGGAGGAAUCUCGAAGAAACGUUCUGCACCUGCAUUAUUCGUAGAACGCAAGAUCAAGCGAAUCUCAUCCAGACCCCUUGAAAAAUUCCAGGCUAUUACCAAUGCUGCCAGUCAAAUACCCGGUCCAGCACCUGCUGCAUCGGAGGACAUGGAAAUUGACAAGCCGGAGUCUCGCAAGCUCAAGAAGCCAGGUGUAGCAAAGCUUGCAAAGAAGCAAGAUGGAGAAAAGUACAAAGCCGACCUCCCGCAAUCCAUAACACAACGAUGGAACGUAGAUAUAGACAAGUUAACGGCUGAGCUGGAUGCAUAUACAAUGGAGCAAAUUGGUCUCAACCUCCAGAAAGCCGAAGAGGAAAAGCAACGCUCUAUUCUUAGCCAACACAGAUUCAAGCCCAAACCGAUCAAGCGAUAUGCAGAACGACACCCUGGGGAAAUGCAAGCUUCGGUGGAUAAGGACACGAUGGAUACGGAUGUUGAUAUUAGUGAUAGUGAUGACAGUGACUACAUUAUCGAAACCUACGAACGCGUACCUGCAAGCAAGAUGGGAGAGCAUGUGCCUCCGCACAGCGUCGGACUCCUCGUGUUUGAUGGAGAGCCUGACAUGGAACACUUUUAUGGAGAAGAUGACAAUAGUGAAGACGAGUGGGCUGAGGACGAAGAGGAUGAGAACGCCGAGAAUUAUUACGCCGCAGACUACCCCGAUGAGGAAGUUGCUUCGGAUGAUGAAUUCGAUAAGAAUCCAUAUUCUUUCCGAACUGGCAACGCCUCAGAUCUCGAGGAGUAUGAUCUAGAUGAAGAUGACGGCGAUGCGGCCUUUACCGACAAGGACGAGGCGAGCAGAUUCGCUGCGUACAUCAGUCGGCCUCAGGAUAGGUUCAUGGCAAACCAACUGUAAAAAAUGAUAUUACGAAAUCUCGAUAUCAUUGGUACCGCGCGGCUAGGCUGCGAAGCAUAUUAUGAAUUUAUGCCAACAUCUAUAAAUGGCUGACUUUCAUUGAACGGGUUGGUCUGCAGCCCGGCCCGGCAUUCUGACAUAGCAUCGGCGUUUAAACCCCUGGUUGUGGUUUUCCGAAACAUAAUUUGGCGAGGGAAAAGGGGGUUUACCUUGCCCUACCUUGCCCAGCCUUAUCCGCAGGGUUUAAGCAAACACGCCCUAGUCCCGAUCCGCAUGUGAAUCCCGAGUGGCCCGAAUAUGGAAUGGAUAUCGUCGUGGUUGGCCAUCUUUAUGACGUUUAUUGGUGCGGUAGUACCGAUAGGCAAACUUCGUCUUCAACCUCUCUUGUAGAUAGAUAGGUAGGUUAGAUAGGUAGCACAGCCGAUGUAUCCAACCAGUCUGGAGAGGAAUCACAUAGCAUUGCAUCCAACCAUUUUAAUUAAUUCUUGGUUUCUGCAGCAUAGAUUCUGAUAAAUGCUUAUUUAAGCCCCGGGGUAGGUGAAUAACACCCCAUGACUUCUAACUUGUUCACACCGAAGAAGAUGAUGAUUCAUGA